AUGUCAGUACAUAUCCUCUCAGCAUUUACUGCUCUAUUCCUACUCACUUCCCGAUGUUCCGCCCAACAACCACCCACCCAGCCGCCAACGCCGGCGGCCGGCGACCACUCCCAGGAAUACCUAGAAGCCCACAACCGUGCCAGAUCCGAGGUCGGCGUGGUUCCCCUCCGGUGGAGCCCGGCGCUCGCCAAAUCCGCCAGCCUCACGGCGAGGCUCCAGAGGGACCGCCGGAACUGCACCUUCGCCGACCUGACCCACAGCCGGUACGGAGGAAAUCAGCUGUGGUCCAGCGGGGCGGAGGUGUCGCCGGCGGCCGCCGUGGGGGUUUGGGUGGCGGAGAAGAGGUACUACAACUACGCGAACAGCACGUGCGAGCCCGGGCGCCGGUGCGGGACCUACACGCAGGUGGUGUGGAGGGCGUCGGCGGAGGUGGGCUGCGCGCAGGCGGCGUGCGCCAAGGAGCGGUCGAGCCUCACCAUCUGCUUCUACGACCCGCCGGGGAACGUCGUCGGCGAGAAGCCUUACUGA